AAAUCACCACAUUUGAAACUAAAUGAGGGGCGCGCAUGCGCGCCUCCAAAUGUCAAAUUUUAUCAAUUUAAACACUACUAAUAACUAAAAUAAACAAAAAGUUGUGGUAUGGAGCCCCCUGAACCCCCCGACGAGUCCGACUGUUGCAACUCCGGCUGCAAUCCCUGCAUUUUGGACGUGUAUGAAGCGCAGCUACAAAAAUACAAAGACAACCUGAAGAAGUCCACCCUGCGCCCCCUGGAAGUCAAUUCAAUCAGUCCGAGUUCCUACACGAUUUUCGUUGUAGUUGCUGUUAGACGGAUUUCACCGACUGUGUUGUUAUUGAAGUUUGAAUAUGCAGACACCAAAGAUAAAACCCCUAAUUGUUUCAAGUAUAAUUGUGGCCAGUAUCUCUUGCUACGGGGGCAAGAUGGUGACGGUGAAUUCACAAGAGCGUACACCCCCAUACCUGUCGAAAACGAAAUUAAAUUGGGGUUUACCACUCUUGUUAGAGUGUAUCCAUUUGGCCGGAUGUCCAGACUAUUGAAAAAGCUACAAGUGGGGGAUAAAACGUCCUGGCGGGGGCCUUACGGUGACUUUACUAUCAACUACAACUACAAAUAUUUGUUGUUUAUAGCGCAGGGUACAGGAAUAGCCCCCGUUUUUUCGGUCAUCAGUGAAAUUAUUAACAAUCCAGAGUGUGAAAGUUUUAUUAAAUUAUUUUUUUGUUGUUGUGACUGUGAUGAUAUUCUAUUAAGAAACGAAUUGUACGACCUGGGGGCUUAUUGGAACUUCAGUUGUGAAAUAUUUUUAAGCAAUAGUAACAAUUUAGUUAAGAAAUAUAAUGAAGUUGUACAUGAGUGUAAACUCACCACUAAUAUCGUCACUAACUACAUUAACGGCAAAAAUAACUUACAAACUCUCAUCUGCGGCAGCGACAACUUCACCCAAUUCUUUAAAAACGAAGUUGAGAAGUUAGUUGAAAGCAAUAAUGUUUAUUUAUUUUGAACUAAACUUAAACAUGUACAUGACACCAAACCGUUGUCAUUGGUUGUGUCCCAAUUAUUCUAUUUUGAUACAAUAGAAAGUUUAUAUGUUAAAAAUUGUUAAGUAAACUUAAACUAAACCCUAA